UCUGAAACUCGUAUGACGCUCGCAUCUGAAGCUUAGUUAUGAAGUAUGCUUUCUACAUGCGAUACACAAAUGUACGUGUCGUUCGCAGACAUUGUCCCACUUGCGAGGGAAGUUACUAGUUUGUAUUCUUCAAAGGUAUCCGCAAGUUAAAUCAGUAUAGUGGAGUUGAUUACUAAAUUACACAUUUGCAUGUCAAGGUAGCUAUUUAUAUGAUAUUCGAAUACACAUUGCAGAAAUCCUAGCUGCGGAUCUGAGCUGACAGGACCUUCUUUCUGAUAGAUCACGUAUUGUCUUGCGACAACAAUUUCUAUUCAUAAUAACACAAAUAGUACUGGAUCACAGAGCGUUUCUGGAAAACUUCUGAGUGGUCGUAGUCUAAAUAGACCUUCAGGUGUGGGGCAUCGCUGAAAAUAGAUUUAAUUUUCCUCCCAGUUAUUCACAAGCCGCUUUCCGCCAUACCUUGAGUUCAGGAGCACUCUUCCAGAAGAAUAACACGGGUUUUGACAACAGCAUUUGAUCUAACCUGUAAACUCUAUUUUCCUGGAACGCAGUCCAUGUCAGUAUUUGCAUGCAAUAUUCGCUGAUCUUCAACAUUCAUUGGCGUGGCUCCUAAGAAUUCUACACUCUUUAAGCCAGCUCGAAUUAAAUUACCCCCAAAACAUCAUGGAGCUUCUUGCUUGGGAAUAUUGGCCAGGCAAGCGAGGUCGUUCUAGACGACGGAGCUACUGAGCUCGAUUUUUUUCGGCAGGCCAUAGGGAUGUCUCGAAAUGACACUGAAAGUCCACUGCUAAUCUCAGUAAUCAUCAGCGAUUUACAUACUGAAUAAAACUAAUUUACGACGAACUGAAAGAUACUCCGAUGAAGCUCACUCAAAGUGAACGUACGAAAGGCUGAAGCGGUGAAACUUCGCCACGAGAGUUCUCUAGGUUAAGUAGAUUCUCUUCGACUCAGGAUCACAGUAAUCCAAUGCGUCAAUUCCUCUGCGUAUUUUGGUGAACGGCCCGGCAUCAAGGUACGCAAUUAGUUGACGAGCACAUUUCAAAGGACGCGGAAGGCUCUUCUAAUGAUAACAAUAAUUUUCGAUCCGCAAAAUCUGUUGGUAUAAAAAUUUUUUGACUGAAAGAUUGCAGCUACGGAUUGCAGCUAAUAUGAGAAUAUUUCGAAAAAUAAAUCACUUGUUCGAACUAGGCCAUUCAAAGCCUAGCCCAAUUCAGAUGUAUCCUGCGUUCCCAAAACUCAACCAGGAACCAAAAUAUCGACUUACUCUGUGAGGCACUACUAUUUGUUAAGGAGCAGGUAGCCACAAGGCAGCUACCUAGAGGUUUUUACGUGUGUUUCGUUGUCUUUUUAGAAAAAGGUCGGCAAAUUUGUGAAUUAAAGACAAAAAUUGCCGAAAAGGUUCUAAGGCGAAAGAGCUUCAGCUAACUUGUCGUCCGCGCAAAGGGAAGAUUUGAAAAAUUUCGUGCCCCUAACCGACAAACAAAGGGACUAGCAGGUAACUCAUUUGUGCCUUAUCGUGGAGCAGUGAAGGCGUAUAUUUUAGUUGGCAUGUUUACUCGGUUCUAUGCACCAGCUUGUGUGUUAAGCGGCCUAGGGGCUCACAAAGCCUGUCUUCUGUUUGCCGUGCUACAGUUAUGUUCAUGGAAAAACUGGAGGCAGCGGCGGUAACAGCAAUGGCAGUCUAGCUGCUAUGUAUGUUUUUACACCAUUAUAUUAUUAUACAGCUAUGCCAUUGUAUGUGUUUCAGUAUAAGCAGGUGUGGAUACGAGCGUGUGUGCGGUCAGAAGUUGACUCCCCUAGUCACGUCUACGUCAGUGCAUGAGCUCGCGAGAGUACGAGAAAGAAUCAGCCCGAAAGAGUUAGAGCAACUGAGGACAUAAAGAAAAAGAAGCUACUAUGGAGACGAAAAGCCGCUUUCGCAUAACAAAUAAACGGAAACGAGAAAGCUUAAUUAGACCACCAGCAGCUCGAAAAGAUCAGCUUGGUCUCCUUGCAUGACCUGCAUGCGCAAUCCUUGCUGCCAUCUAAUCACUCCGCACAAUCUUCUCCGUCCAUCGGCUUGGUCGUGCCCAUUGCCGGCGCACUCGUUUUUGUUUCUUUUGAAUCUCACUUUCCCGCUUAUCUAAUCUCCUUACUAGUCCUCCUUCCCCGCCUGUCUUCUUUUUCUCACUGCUAUGUCAUCUAACCGUUGUAUCGGCGAUUGGAUGCAGACGGUUCGUAUCUGAUCUUGCACCCAUUGAUAGACACAGCUCAAUGCCGGUCAAUGCGUUAAAUCUACUGCGCAUAUGCGCAUGUGAGUGUUUUUCCCAGGCAAUAAGACCAGGCAAGACAGACUGUUCAUUUGCCGGAACUUUGUUGCAGAGAAAUACACGACAACAUCACAGAAUGAAGAAAAUACGAUGUGACAGUUUCUUGUUGUCUAGGUGUUCGCGCAGUUUUUCAGGCACUAUACCUACAGUUCUAUUAGCUGCUGCUGUUCUUAAUUCCGUCAGCCGUUGCUUAUAUGGCUUGUCUCCAUUAGCAGUCAAGAAAAAGAAGCGCGUGAAGGGAACAAGGCCGCUUUUUAAAAGCAUUUUUCCUUUCGUUCUAGUAUUGCCUGUCUACACGUUUCCAUGGUAAUAUUCUCCUUUCCUUACCGACAAAAACUUUCUUUAACCUUCUGUUCUCCGGCGCUAUUUUGGCACCCUUCUUCUUCGCGAUCUUCGUGCGGCUUGGUCUCUUCUUGUCCAUUCCUUGUCACACUGUUCGCGUUUUCGUCGCUCUCAGCUGCCGAUGCCGUCGGCACCGUUCCUAGCGUCGCCAUUGAAUAGAGGAGGAAAGCCAUGCUGGGUGACCUACACACGCCGCUUCAUCACUGAAGGCAACCUCCCGUAUGCGACGAACAGUUUACCGCGCUUUAUCCCACCUGGUGCAACGAUCUGAUUUCUGUUCGUUCCGCCGUUCUUUAUGCGACCCUCGUUGCCUGCACCUUUUCUGAUCGCUUCCCACUCUGUUGGUAACGGUAGAAAUGAAGAGAGGGAUUAGGAUUGGUACCCUACCAAAACGUAGGGACGGAUGAGUUGCAGUUGGUGCUACUUGAGGGAGAAGCAAACAUUUUUGCAAAAUAUACAACUAACCAAAUGCGACUUACUUCCUUGGUCCAUAGGCGGCAGCAGCCGCCGUCGCUGGUUGUGAGGGGAGGGCGCUGAUGGUGGUAAAGGGAAAGGGACUUGGAGUCCGGUUAGCGCCGACCGCGUGUUGCUUUCGCAAAGGCAAACUGGCUCUCGGCCUUGCGCCGGUUGACGUACUUUGAUUCGGUGUGUUGUCGUUCGUCAUGCUGCUGCAUGUCACUACCUCUGUGAGAGGCAGCAAAUCUGGUUUGCCGGCCUUCUAUACAGUACUUGCCGGUAGUUUGAACCCGGACCACGUCAGUCAGUAGCAAACAACCACGACGAUAUCAAGCCAUUACCUAAUAUACAGUACAACUCAGCGGACCGACCAGCGUUGUUGUUGUUGUUGUUGUUCUUCUUCUUCUUCUUCUUCUUGUUCUUGUUGUUUCCGUUGUCGUCGUCGUCGUGAACAGUCGUAUAUGGUGUUUGUGUCUCUUAACGUAUACGUGUGCAUCCCUGGACGGCGCUUCGCAGCCACGGCAAGGAGCGCACUACGUUAAUUGAAAGGUAAUCUACUGGUGCACAAACAAACUCGUACUAAUGCGGCCCCUUCUAGCUGGAUUUCUGUGGUACGUGGUGUCGCCGCUGGUGCACGCCGGCAGCACGGGCGCCGCUGGCGAAAGAAUUCGUGUUUCAAUUGGUACGAUUCUUCCAAAGCAAGAUGUCUAUGAAGGGAUCAUUAAAUACGCUAUCAAAAACUUCGAUAGUAAAACCCUCGAGGUAAACAUGGUAACGAAACGAUUGGAUAGCGCGGACUAUCUUCAAAUCGUCACAGCUGUGUGCCAGCUUAUGAAGGAAGGCGUCCUAGCCUUCAUCAUUCCGCCGGAUUCGCCGCCAGUAGUGCGUGACAUGCUUACGUCGUACUCGUCGCAUUUCCACAUUCCAAUCGUGAGUACUCAGUCGUUUAGUGGGCCUUCACCAGGAGUAUCUAGCCGUUCUUCAUUCUCAGCGUCAAUAUCGAAUGCGGCUCGUGCCGUCGCGGACGGAAGCAGCGGGUCUGGCAGCUCGGCAACAUCUAAUUUGGGUAUUAGCACAUUCGUCCCAUUAGCGGAAGCAGUGGCCGCCCUUUUGAGACGCUACAAAUGGCAGCAGGUGGCCUACAUCCACGAUGAUUCAGCUGCUCCGGAUAUUUUAGAGGCUAUUCAGAACUCCGGAGUAAAGGUUUCGAUCGCGAAAAAGGUGAAAAGCGAGGCUGAGGCUAGCGAUGCCGUUCUCGAGCUAUCCUCGUUAGGAAGAUUACGGCCGGAUAACAUCGAGAAAAUCGUACUCAACGUAAAUAAACCCAGUUUGAUAAAGACUGUACUCACUGGAAUGAUUAGAGAGGUAAAAAGCUUCAAGAAUCUCAACACGCAAUUCAUUCUGGCAAGUCUGGUGACGGACGACUUCUGGCAGAGCAUCCGGUUUCGUGAUGCCGGUAGCAGUUUGAACGUGACCGCUUUCCGGCUCGUCGACUCUGAAUUGCCACAUGUCAUGCGUUUCCAUAAAAAAAUGAUGCAGAAUCCCAACUACAGGGACUCCUUUAAGAAUCAAGGUACCGAGAGUUAUCUAUUCCUCGACGCUGUUACGGCACUUCUUACUAAUUACGAUCGUGCCCUACAAGAUAAACCGACGCUACUCGAAGCCUAUCUACCGCAAGAAGAUGGUUCCAAGGGAACUGUUGGUUUCAAUUGUAUGGAUCAGUCACGCUUUUUCGAGCACGGCAAGGACCUCGCCUCCCUGCUGAAACAGAUAAAACUUCCAGAAGGACAAACGGGCACAGUUGAAUUUCUCGCCGAUGGCAGUCGACUACAGCCUACUAUCGCUGUGAUCCACAGCUCACAUGUUGGACACGUUAAGUUAGGAAGCUGGUCACCUAAAAAAGGCCUUAUGCUGACCGACAAACCUGAAGCAUUACCUCAAAUCAAAGCUCCUGGUGCCAUCACACCCAACAAAGAAAUAUCUGUCGGUGGAAUACUCAGUCCACCAUAUCUGAUGUUGAAGCGUGGAAGUGACGCCGACUUCACCGGCUUGAUCCCUGAGCUGCUAGAAGCCCUCGCCAACGUAAUGCCGUUCUCAUAUAAAAUACAUGCAGUGCCACGUGGGCAAGCCGGAGCACGCACUGACAAUAACGCUUCGUGGACUGGACUUAUAUCCGAAGUAAUCAACAAAAAAGUGGAGAUUGCUAUUGCGGACAUUCCGUUGACUGCCGAUCGGCAACAGCAUGUCGAAUAUACCCAGCCUUUUCUUAUGGAUGAUUUGUCCGUUGUCGUCUCACGAAAAUCACAAGCGGGUCGACCAUCGCUUUCGAUAUGCUUCAUAACUAUCUUUUCUUGGCAAUUGUGGCUAUGCAUACUAGGUGUGUUCUUCACAUUUGUAUUGCUUGCCUAUCUCCUCAAUCGACUCGUGUCACCCCAGGAAGAAGCUGACAGCUUUGGUCGUACGUUAUGGCUUUCGGCUGGCUCAUUCCUGUGCCGCUCUCCCGGCCCCGAGGGCAGGUGCCGCGCAUCACGCUUACUACUUUUAUUCUGGUGGUUUUUUUUGGCAAUGGUUACCGUUCUUUAUGUAUCCGCAUUUGUGGCGAUCGUGCAGACUGUUGUCUUCGGCUAUGGGCCCGAUGUGUUCACUAUGAGGAAAUUUGUCCAGGAUGCGGCAAGCGGUACUGUUGACAUCGGCUACGUCAGAGACGUUGUUCCUGGUAAAGUUCUUAAGACUCCUCGAUCAGGUGAAUUCGCCACGAUCUACUCGCGGAUGCUGAGCAGCCCGCGUGGACGAGCUGUUCCAUCGGUAGAGGAUGGCGUACAUGCGGUGUCUGCCAACUUCGCCUUUCUGGGUCUGCAUUCACAGAUCGAGCCAUACCUCGAUGAUUGUUCCAAGCGUUCCUACGUCGUAUCAGCCAACUUUGCACCAUACUCGAUAAUGAUGCCCAAAAUGUCUCCGUAUCGCGAUAUGUUUAAUCAAGCAAUCGAGAGGCUUCGGGAAGCCGGCGUCUUAGCAGACCUUCGCGCUAAGUGGCUGGAUGGUCGAGUGGCACGGUGCCUCGACGAUAAGCCGAACCCAACCCCGUCACCACUCAAACUGUCGCCAGUCUUCGGAGUCUUCGCCUUCGUCAUUCUGGGAUUCGUGGUAGCUAUGCUGCUUGGCGCUGUCGAAUUUUCCCUUAAGCCAAGGCAGGAGACGGGGCAUAGCAACAAAGCCGAAGUAUGUAAUACAAGCGCCGCACAAAAAGCGCUGUGGGACAAAAAUGCGGACCAAGGUCUCCGACCAUACACACCCAAUGAUCCUGCUUUAGGCAACGAUGAGGAGCUGACUCUAAAUCAGGGUCAACUGGUAAAUGGCACCCCAAGGCAGGUUCGCGUCAUGGUGUGGGGCUGACUUUCCGCAUCGCAGCAUUACUUUCCUAUUUUGACUCCUGGGUGCCGCGUUCCACUGGAACCAUUGGAGAUGCAGUAUGCGAGGAGUUUGCCAUCCGUGCGGACAACUUAAGCUCAACAGCGUCUAGCCUUCCCUGAAACCCUCCUCCGACCGAAAACAGAUCACAUCUCGUUGGAAACAAAGCGGCUGGUUCCAUCCAGGCCCUACUGCUGAAACACCCAUCUUCAUGUACCUAUUAUGACUAACUAUAACCCAGCUCAGAAAACGCAAGGUGGCUCGACCAUGCUCCUAUUUCCUCUAUUCUCUGCGAUGCCCUCCAGAGCUUGAUAAACCCUUAACCUAGCCACGCCCCAUUCGCAAGCCAAUUUCAGUGUUAACCACAUAGCCACACACAUUUUGGUCUGUCUUGGUAAAGUAAUCGCCGAGUGGUGAGCAUUAUGGGUUGUCGGGAUGUUUAUCGACUUUUUUUGUGAUCCCAUGUAUAUACGCAGCAAUAGUCGCAAAAACGAAUGAGAAAGCAGCACUGCCAGUUGCGAAGCUGUGGCGGCUGAAACAACAGAGGCGGGCGGGAGAUACAGAGAAAAGAAAGUAACAACUAACUCGGCAAAUAAGAAAUCAUAACAAUAAUGCCAUCACCUAUAGUAGCGGUCGCAGUAGCAAAAGCCACAGCAUCAGUAGCCUUCGCUGAGAUGCUGAAGAUUACAGCCGACAUAUAUAUGUCGUGUAUUACUGUGCCGAUUUGUUUCGAAGUCUACACGGCGCUUUAUUUAUACUGUUCAAUUUUCGCUUUUAUGGAUCUAACGAAACAUAAAAGCAAGAAGAGCAAAGAUAUGGGAGGGAUGUGCGUGCGAGUGGCUAGAGAAACAUAGAGAGUGAGCAGACAAACAUUCGAGAUAAUGGACCGGGAGUUGAAGAACAGCAAGGGCGGUUGAGGAAAAAUAGGCCUCACAGAGAAAGAUGUGUAGACUAGUAAGCAACGAGGAGCGGAUUCAAGAGAGCAGCACGGUGGAAGAGAGUGAUAAAUCAUAUAGUGCAUCGUGCCGCGGCCUCAAGGAUCCGGUGUUCCGUACAGCCCAACGCCCUACCGAAUCUUGACUUUAUGUCCAAUGCCAGCUGGGUGCGGCACCGAUGUCGCACACACACACAUAUAUAUAUAUAUAUACAGCACUGACGGGGGGUAGAUUUGCCAGGCGAAGCACGUAUGCAGCUUUUAAAUACUAGUCAAAUUGACAGCGGUUCAUUCAGGUCGGUUGUACGUUACUUCUUUGCCUCAUAAGUACACGUCAUUUCUCCCGCUAGCUGACCGCCGGGUUCGCUCGUCUGCUUACUUUCAGAGUAUGAUUUGCUCUUCGAUGAUACAGCAGGAAAAAUACACAAGCAACAGUGACAAUAGCACGCGCACGGUGUCACAAGCAGAGUCGGUCGCCAGCAUCUGGCAAACUAGCAUAGCCAGCAACAAAUCAUGGAAAAGAGGGCGCUGCUGUGUACCAGCAACUUUGACGUGCAGCGAAUGAAUCGAUUCCGGCCGACCGGUUAACUAGUCGACUAGGAAGAGUCGGAAGCAGUUUGCAGCUAUAACAAAGGACCAUAGAGUAGGAAGAGCUUAGGGGAAAACAAGGUAGUCGAGGACAGCCGGUGCAAGUGGUAUAGUUCACUGAGUAGCAAAGGCGGGACGAUAGAAAUGCCGGACAACACGACGCAGUAGAUGAUAGCAAGGCACCUAACAUGUUUCCUCAACUUGAUUGACUACGUGCACACUCCACCGAUAUACGGAUCAAGAUAAUGGCCAUAUCCUCGGCACAGACACACGAACACGGAGAUGGGCAGCGAGCGAAAGGAAGACGUGUGAGUCCACAUGAUGGCUGGGUCACAAACGGCCAACGACAGCGAAAGUGGUAGGGGUCUUGAAGAGCUUGGCUUGCGAUUCGACGCACUACAACCUGCAAGUAAAUAUAUAUACAUACGCACGGGUCGGAAAGCUGCGGCGGUUUCUGAAUACAGAUACAAUUUUUUCUUAGAAACACCGCGCUAAGAAGGACCCAAGAAUAUGAAAGUGUAUGUGAGAGAGAGGCGGGUUAAAUGGAUGAACGAAUAAGUAGCAAGCGCUUGAAUGUGUCGUGAAAAAAAAAUACCAGAGCUUGUAGCUAAAGGAAAAGGAGAAACAGGGAAUGGGCAGGGUGAGAAAACUAAGCAAACGAUGCAAAGGCAGAAAAGAGAUUUGUCCCUAUCCUAAGAUGCGUACGGGAACAAUGCCGAGUUUAUACACACAUGCGUGCGUGCACGUACUGGCGAAAAACGGAGCGGUGUGGUCAGAAGGUGAUCGCAAUGAAUUUGUUAAUUAUGCUUUAGCUGUCAAACGCCUAAGAAUAUUACCACUGAGUCAACAAUGGAGGCGCUAAUUCCGAACGGAGCUAACAAAGGACAACAAAAGUCCGUGGGAUUUGAAAUGCUGGCGAUUCGACCACUGUAGGAAAAUCUGGAGAUAACUGGAAAGCCAGGUUUGCCAAACAUGUGACACAGUUAACGGAUAUAAACGAACUGAUAAGAACCGUUCGUACUUUUCCCAUAGCUCACUAAUCGCUAUAAGGCGGUUGAUGAUAAUAAUGAUGAUGCUGGUUAUACGGCUGAUGAUGAUGAUUUUUAUUAUUUCAGAGCGCAUAUAGGGACAAGACGGCUCCUGGAAUUUUUUUUGACCCGUCGACCUUUUCCUGUCACGAAAAAA